AACAGCAAAAACAACAGAUCUGCCGCUGCUACUGCUACUGCUACAACGCGUCAAAACAAAAGCCCUAAACCCAUUUCUUUCCCGCUAAUUUUCUUCACCUUCUGCGCAUCUCUCAUCUUUCACAUUAGCCUUCUUGCACUAGGGUUACGGUUUAGUCGCGUCCUCAAUCUUCUCAUCUCCUCAGGGUUUUGGCUACCAUGAUGUAUGGUGAUCCUCAGCAGCAGCAGCAGCAGCACGGUGGAGACUUCCACCGGGGCCCGCCACUACCGCCGCCGCCAAUGAUGCGGCAGCCGUCGGCAUCUUCCACUAAUAUCGCUGCGGAGUAUCACCACCCCCCUGCUCAUCCGCCACCUUAUGACGCUCAUGGUGAUAGCUUUGGUGCUAAAAGAAUGAGAAAGCUUGCACAAAGGAGAGCAGUUGAUUAUACCAGUACUGUUGUCCGAUACAUGCAGGUCCGUAUGUGGCAGAGGGAUUCAAGAGACAGGACAAUAUUGCAACCUACUGCAGCUGCAGCCAUUGAUAUGUUGCCGACAAUCGCCUAUUCAGAUAAUCCAUCCACAAGCUUUGCCGCAAAGUUUGUUCAUACAUCUUUAAACAAAAACCGUUGUUCAAUUAAUAGGGUUUUGUGGACUCCUUCUGGGAGACGCCUCAUCACAGGUUCACAGAGUGGGGAAUUCACCCUGUGGAAUGGACAGUCGUUCAAUUUUGAAAUGAUUCUUCAGGCUCAUGAUCAAGCUGUCAGGUCUAUGGUUUGGAGUUACAAUGAGAAUUGGAUGGUCACUGGGGAUGAUGGGGGCUCAAUAAAGUAUUGGCAGAACAACUUAAACAAUGUGAAGGCCAAUAAAUCUGCUCACAAAGAGUCAGUUCGUGACUUAAGUUUCUGUAGGACAGAUUUAAAGUUCUGCUCUUGCUCUGAUGACACUACUGUAAAAGUUUGGGACUUUGCUCGCUGCCAGGAGGAGCGUUCAUUAUCUGGCCAUGGCUGGGAUGUGAAGAGUGUUGACUGGCACCCCACAAAGUCUUUAUUAGUUUCAGGUGGGAAAGACAAUCUUGUGAAACUUUGGGAUGCUAAAACAGGGAGGGAGCUUUGUUCAUUCCAUGGCCACAAAAAUACUGUGCUUUGUGUCAAAUGGAAUCAAAAUGGCAAUUGGGUGCUAACUGCUUCGAAAGAUCAAAUCAUCAAGCUUUAUGACAUACGGACUAUGAAGGAGCUUGAAUCUUUCCGUGGACAUCGGAAGGAUGUGACUGCAUUGGCUUGGCAUCCAUUUCAUGAAGAAUAUUUUGUGAGUGGAAGUUUUGAUGGGUCUAUUUUCCACUGGCUUGUUGGGCACGAAACUCCUCAGGUUGAAAUUCCCAAUGCGCAUGAUAACAGUGUGUGGGACCUUGCAUGGCAUCCUAUUGGAUAUAUUCUUUGCAGUGGUAGCAAUGAUCACACAACAAAAUUUUGGUGCAGAUAUAGGCCAGGAGAUACUGUUCGUGAUAAAAUUAACAUGGGUCACAGCCAAGGUUACGGAGAUCAAAACCUUGCUCUUGCCGGUCGUGUGCCUGGGAAUUUCCCAGUUCCUGAGGUCCCAGCAACUCCAGGACCAUUUGCUGUUGGAUUGAUCCGAAAUGAGGGAACUAUUCCAGGUGUUGGAGUUGCAAUGCCGUUAUCCAUCCCAUCUCUUGAUACAACAGCCCAGGGAGAGCAGAAGCAACCUCUACCUCCCUCAAUGCCUUUAGGGGCACCUCCUCUGCCACCCGGCCCACAUCCAUCACUUCUAGCUGGCAAUCAACAGCAACCAUAUCAACAAAAUCCUCAGCAAAUCCCACAGCAGCACCAGCCACUCCCACAGCAAAUGUCCUCUUUGCCUCUGCCUCCUCCCAAUUUGCCCCAGCUACAGCCUCCAUCUCAUAUGCCUCUACUCCCACAUCCUCAUAUGCCGCGCCCUCCACCUCAAUUACCACCAUUGAAUAUGCCUUCAACCAUCCCAUCUUCAAUGCCGGGAUCUUUGCCUAUGCCAUCAUCAAUGCCUACAUCACUUCCACUGCAGAUGCCUGGUCCAAUGGGGAUGCAAGGUACAAUGAAUCAAAUGGCUCCUCCAUUGCCACAGGGUCAUUUCAUGGGCAUGAAUCCGAUACAUUCAGGAUCACUAGCCACCAGCGGUGUGCCGCCUCCGUCUGGGAGUUUUCCAAAUGGGUUGCCAAACAUACAGGGCCCACCAAAUCCAAGCGGGCCCCAAAUGUAUCCACCAGGUGGUCCAUUCAAUCGGGCACCAGCUGGGCAGAUGGCGCUUCUGCCUGGGCUUAAUCCAUUCCAGUCGGGGAGUCCAAAUGCUUCUGGCAUGGGUUCGAACAUCGGAGUGCCUUCUGGCGGUGUUCCUCCACCUUUGCCACCUGGUCCGCCCCCCCAUUCUCAAACUCCUCAGUAGAGACUUUUCUCUUCUUUUCCCUCUCUUUUGGAAGAAGAGGGGGUAUGCAGGCAUGUGCCCUUUGCUCCCCCGCUCUCCUGUACAAUUUGUGUACAUGCCCAUCCAUUUGGAUUUACAUUUUCUUUCUUUCCUCUCUCUCUCUCUCUCUCUAAAUGGAUUUACAUUUUCCAUCUCUCUCUCUCCCUCUCUCUCUCCUCUCUCACUCUCUCUCUCUCUCUCUCUCAUUUUUUGCUUCUGUAAUCAAUUUGAGUUGUCAUGCUAAUGAUAGUAGCUCGUAUAAUAUUGAGUUAUGCUAA